GUCAGCGAGCUGCCGCGUGGCGCUGGUCGCGAUGGGAACCGCGCAUGAGGAAGUGUUUUCACCGCAGCUGCUUCCGGACAGUGCCAGAUCACUUCCGGCGACUGCCAGAGGAAGGAGGAGGAAGCCCAGGACACUGAACAUGACAGGGAAGACUGGGGAGGUGUUAACUGGAGCAGCGGACGAGGGACCGAGUGGCAUUAUUAACAAGAUAUUUCCCAAGAUGAUCUCUCCAAGCACAGCGAAGGAUUGGUUUGACCGGCGCAGGGCCCACAUCCGCCCAUGGAAUAACUUUAUCGAUCAGAGACGCUUCUCCCGCCCACAGAACUUUGGGGAUCUGUGUAAGCGCGUGACGCGGAAUGUGGAACAUUUUCAGAGCAACUACAUCUUCGUUUUCCUGGGGCUCAUCGUGUACUGCAUCAUCACCAGUCCCAUGCUGCUUAUAGCCCUGGCCGUGUUUUUUGGUGGGUGUUACAUCAUUUAUCUGAAGACCCUGCAGUCUAAGCUGGUUCUGUUCGGCCGGGAGCUGACUAUGGCCAAUCAGUAUGGCUUGGCAGGAGCGGUCUCCUUCCCGUUCUUCUGGCUUGCAGGAGCCGGAUCUGCUGUGUUCUGGGUUCUCGGUGCUACACUCGUCGUGAUUGGCUCCCAUGCAUCUUUCCACGAGGUAGAGGGGGAUGUAGAGGAACUGCAGAUGGAAUCUGUGUAACAAGCUGCCUUCUGGGAUUUUCUCACCCGGUCCCUCUUGGCAGCACGGGUGUGGACCCUUGUUGUAUUAUGUUUGCCAUAUUAUAUUAAACCUUCCUUCCCUCAUUAUAACCCUUCCUUUCUCAAUGCGCACUUUUGCAGCAGCCUUUGCACAAUAUCAGGAUGACUGCCGGCAGGUAACCACAUGAAAACUGCCAGUAUAAUGUGGCAUAACCUAUAUAGAAUAUAGGUUUGGAUUCGUCAGCCCAGAGGGACAAACCAAAAAACACCCGAUGACGAAGUGGUGGAUGGGUGAAAUGUUCUUUAUUGGAGAUUGAGACAUUAAAUAAGCAACUAGCGAGCCAAUCAUUCCUGCAGGAGCUGAUGUGUCCUCCUGAAACUAUAUAUGAGGUUGUGUUUUUUUUUUUUUUUUUUUUGGUGAUAUUUAAACCUACUAUGUAAUAAACUUAUUAUGUAAUAAACUUGUAUUUAAGGAA